UCAAAAUGUUAACUUACCUAUUUUUAAAAUUGCUUGCAACUCGAUUUGAGAGAAAAGCUCCAUAAGUACACCUGCCUCCAGUGCCUUUUAUUUUGUUAAAAAGCCAACACAGUUCUCUAUAGUGUUGUGUCUAUUAUAGCAAUAUAGGCUUAAGCGAAGUAUACUUCGGAUAACUGUUACCUAACAAUUCGUAUCUUAGGAAUUGGGAUGUUGUUGAUCUAGUGCUUAUGUAGGUUAAUUGUGUGUACGGAAGCUGUGUUAUCUAUAAUGAGAUAAAAAGUCAUCAGUCUACCAAUUUUAUCUCAGUUGCUAACUUCAACGCAAUGGUUGAUAGUGAAAAGGAUUUGUUUCGCGACACUUGGGUGCGGUUUAUUGGCUACUCCAAUGAGGUAGGGGAGUCUUUCCGACCAGUGGUUCCAGUCAAAGUGGUAAGGGCCACCUACGGUGUGGCCUUCGCAUAUGUGCUGGCUGAUACUGUGGACAAGAGUUGGAAGAUGUUUAGUAAAGGAGGGGGGCCAAAGAAAGUUUUUGUUGAGACAGGUGAUGCAUUAGUGUGGCAGACGUUGGCAUCUGUAGCUAUACCCGGUCUUGUUAUAAACAGGAUAUGCCAUUAUACACAGAAGUAUCUAGCGAAGAAAGUGCCAAAAAUUGCGCCUGCACCGAGAAAAAUAGCGGCAGUUGCGGUCGGACUAGCUUCCAUACCGCUCAUAGUGUAUCCCAUAGACAAGGGGGUCACACUCCUGAUGAACGCAACUUAUAGAAAAUGGUUCCAUACGUAACGAUGGCUUUUCCACCCCGGCUUCACUUAAGUGGCCUUAAGUUACUAUUUACAAGUAUAUACAACGUCUAAAAGAAUAAUGAAAUAAUAUUGAAGGGUGUAUGAGUAUAUUUCAUAAGGAAUCACCCUGUAAAAAUAUUAAAUUCAAAAA